AUGCUUCAGGAGCAGCCCGUUCGGUGCAGAGGAAGUCUACUCCACACCCCUCGCACGCCCGAUUCCCUCAUCUGGCGGCGUCCUGCUGAUGCGCGCAACACAAUGGGGAAGUGUGUGGGCGGCAGACGACACAACUGGAAGGGGAUCAGCGCUCGCGCACCAGUUGCACCGUCUGGUGGCGCUUGGGCGCUGGCCACUGACCGUUGGUGGAUGCAAAACCUUGAGGGGUUCAUGGUUCGUUCCGAUCUGCGUGGGUCGCCAGAGGGGCACUUGCGCGGCCAGAGGGUCAAGGUCAAUGGGUCAACAGGACACUGGCGGUUUACACUUUUGCGGAGGGGGCGGAGGCUUCGCUUGCACGCGGAACCGCGACGUGAGAUUGAAGGGUUGGAGUCGGGGGCAAAGCGGUCACUUCCCAUCCACUCUUUCUCAUCUUUCUCAUGCGUUUGCAUCCUCGCCAGUGCGAAGGCCCUGAAACGAACGAUGCGCCUGUACGGUUCUCGAUGA